CAGCCAGGCCUAUAAGUAAAGUUUGAUAACAGAUGUGUCAUCACGAAUCUGCUCCGAGCAAAUGUGUCUGCUUAAACUGAGACAUUAGCAGUGGCUUCCCCAAGCCAGUGUCUUGGCCUUCCAGUCCCAAACAGGACCAGGGGGACACUUUGCCGUUCUCUGUACAGCACCCACUGUUAGCUUUCAGGGAAACUCCACUCAUAUAGAAACAGGGCCCCAGCCUCUUAAAAUUUCAGAGAGGUUGUGAUCCCUCAAAAAUUAAGAAGCACUGUCCUGUGGUGGUGGUACUUGUUUCUUAGGUUUUUCCUACUGUUUUGUUUCAUUGAACUUUGUAUAUGUGUGUUUUGUUUCUGUACUGACUAGAUAUUCUGGCAGGGAGGCCCCUAUUUUUAUUUCCCUGUAUUGUCCAUCACAGUGCUGGGUAAGUGUUUGUUAAUUAUCAUACUAAAAGACGGUAUGUGAGCACAUACGUUACUGAAAAUGUGUAGGGAGAUUUUGAUGAGCAGGUAAAAAACCUAGCACACCUUUAAUUGCAGUCCUGAGGUGUGUAGAUGUUUUGGCUGAUGGAGGGUGCAGGAGUCCAGGUUGCCACAUGGGGAACAAGAUGGACCCCUCCGUGAACUUCGUGUUCUCACCGCAGGAGAGUUCAGCCCAUGAGCUAACUGGGCGGGAAUUAGCCACGUCUGCUUAGAUCUCAGGAAAGACUAAAUGAAUCACUCCAUAAUUUGUAAGUUUGUAUAAUUCCUGAUGCUCCCAGACUUUGCUUUUGAUUAAUUUUUUAGUGCAAAUUAAAGUUUGUGGCUCAAAGGCAUGGUGUUUUCAUGUACCUGUAAUCCCAGCUGCUUGGGGGCCUUAGGUAGGAGAUCAUCUGAUGUUAAGACCCUAUCUGAAAAAUAACUAAAGCCGAAAAGGGCUGUGGGGUUGGCAAGUGAUAGAACAGCUUCCUAACUACCAUCCAAAAUAAAAAAAAGGUUUGUGGCUUAGAAAAAAUGAAUUAAGUCUGUGGGCACACCACCCUGGUGCCCCUGGUCUUAUCUGACCUCUGGAUCUGCUUGGGUUGGGCCUGGUUAGUUCUUGUAUGGGAGAAAAAAGGAAUUAAAAGUAACAGUCUACUUUAGGAGCUUUCUAGUCUGUAGACAUAAAUUCUUCAUAAAAUUAACUGUACUUCUCUGUCCAAUGGCAACACUAAACAAUCUUUUUGCCUUUUUGACAAAAGAUUUUAAAUAUGGUCUGAGCCAAAUGUUGGGGCAUGUGAGCACAAAGGAAUUUUUUAGCACAGUUAUGCAACCCUGUGUUGCAAAGUGUGGACCAUAAGCAGAGUCUGGCCUGCAAACAUUAAUCCAGAUCAGGAGUGACCAUCCCUCUAGAUAGGACAUGUGCUCCAGUUCAUCACAGUUCUUCAUACUCCACGUUGUAAACCAGACAGAAGAAGGCUUCAGGGCCAUACCUUUCCUCCCACUGGUUCUCUUGUUCUUCAGAAAAUGUUCUUCUACAAGAUAGGCAUGUAAUGAUUGUUGUGGUUAGCUAACAGAGUUUCUUAGUUUUACUUUUUUUGUUGGUGGUACUGAGGCUUGAACUCAGGGCCUUGAGCUUGCUCGGCAGGCGUUCCGCAGUUUCUCGGGUUUGGUUUCUAAUUGGUGAAUGUCAGUAGCUAGAGCCCAUGUAACAAAGGUUCUUUGAGGUCAUUGAUUUUUAAAAGUGUGGAGGGGUCUUGAGACCAAAAUGGAGCAAAUGCUUAUUUAUUUUAUAUGCAUUAUUUUACACAUGCAUAGUUAUUCUGAUACUUUAACCUAUAAUGUCACAAACAUCUUCUCGUUUCAUGUUCAUUUGAGGACACUUAAUCCAGUAGAACUGAAUAAUCCAGUUGACUGUUCUUUAGAUGAAAAAUGCCAGUGUUUUCCAAACCAACAGGAGUAAAAGUCCCUCGCAAUUUCCGACUGUUGGAAGAACUCGAAGAAGGCCAGAAAGGAGUAGGAGAUGGCACAGUUAGCUGGGGUCUAGAAGAUGACGAAGACAUGACACUUACCAGAUGGACAGGGAUGAUAAUUGGGCCUCCAAGAACAAUUUAUGAAAACCGAAUAUACAGCCUUAAAAUAGAAUGUGGACCUAAAUAUCCAGAAGCACCCCCCUUUGUAAGAUUUGUAACGAAAAUUAAUAUGAAUGGAGUUAAUAGUUCUAAUGGAGUGGUGGACCCAAGAGCCAUCUCCGUGCUAGCCAAGUGGCAGAAUUCAUACAGCAUCAAAGUCAUCCUGCAGGAGCUUCGGCGCUUGAUGCUGUCUAAAGAGAACAUGAAACUCCCCCAGCCACCCGAAGGACAGUGUUACAGCAAUUAACUGGAGCCCAAGCCUGUUCCAUUUUCCGGUCUUCAUUUUCCACGUAGUCCACUUUCUAGAAACGUCUGUAGACUCAAAGUACUGGAAAGGAAGCUCCCAGUCAAAGGCGGUUUAUCUUAAGAUACUGUAAAUGAUACUAAUUUUUGUCCAUUUGAAAUAUAUAAGUUGUGCUAUAACAGGUCAUUGUCAAGUGUAACCACUGUCCUCGUAGUUGAACUUCUGGGAUCAAGAGAGUGUAUUUAAAUUGAUUCCCAUCAUGCCUGGUGGGGCACGUCUAACUCAACUGUGAACAGACACAUCACACAAUCUCCUUGCUGCUGAUGACACGGCCUGGGGUCUCUGCUUUCUCCCUCUCCACUCCCCCACCUCCAGUGUGGUGGCUCCUUAGAGUAGAUGUGAAGGUUUCAGGUUUGUGGCCUGGGUAUGGGGUGCUUUGCCUGUACCCCUGGUUCCUUUCAUAAGUCUUAAUGAUGCCCCUUCAAGCCAUCAUCCCGUCCCCUCUCCCUUACUCCCACCUUGGCCGAGGCAUAGAUUGUAACCCUCCACUCCCUCCAGUGGCCUUCGGUGAGGAUUCAGGGCUUUCCCAUCCCCCUCUCCCACUUUACCGAGGGGUGCUGCUUUUUCCCCUCCCCGCCCCAUCACCACCCCACACUUCCAGCAUGUCCCUGCUUGGGCCAAAAGCCGUUGGGUAAGGUUGGAAGAGUGGCCUCCCUUGUUCACUCACUGUCCUCCUGCCUGAGUCAUGGCCCUGGCACGCUGCUGUCCCCAACAGCUGAUGCAUUCUCAGCUCCGGUUCUGAGGAGGUGGGCAGAGUGGCCACCCGGGUGACUCAGAGCCCUCGAUUAGCCUGGAGAAGGCCACACGGAGACACUUGUAAGCACACAGUCUGCUGAGUUGUUUCCUUUUUUCUUAAUUGCUUUGCUUUCAAAUGUUGAAGGUUUGAACAGGGCUCUCGGUCACCCUUGCCGUCCAAUCUAGUGUGGUCUAGUGUGGAAUCUGACAACUGGAACAGGAAGAACCUGGCCUGGGCGGACUCUGGUUCGGUGCUGCUGCUCCUCAGGUCCUCAGCAGGGUCUAAGGAGACCGGUGUGCACAGCAGGUCCCAGGAUUGGUCUGCCUUUCCACCUUCCGUUCUGGACCACUAAAUGCUGAGAUGUGGAUGCAUACCGAAAUAAAGGCAAUUCGUUGUGUUCCGAGGGCUUUUUUUUUUUUUUUUAAAGAAAACAAAACUUAGUAUUUGUGUAAAACCACCUUUUGAAGCAGCAGCAGCAAUCAAGUCUUAAAAGCAAUUGAUGUUUCCAUUCAUCCUUUUCUGGGGAAAACCUUAGUUGUAAGGAUUUAUUAUCCUAUAGGUAAAGUUGAACAUAACAGUAUUCCAUAAGCAGCCUUUUGUCACACCAUUGCCUGAUUUUAAUAUAAUAAAGAGAAGUGUGCGUUAAUACUUAACUGUGCUCUUCUUCCU